AUUUAUCACCGUUUAGUCAACAAAAUCCUCCGAACAUGAGUUCUAUUUCCAAUGUUGAAAAUCUUUCUCCUCAAACCAUCCGUCGAAUAGUUAAAGAACAAGAAGAACUGAUUAAAGAUCCACCAGAAGGCAUAAGAAUUACGGUAAACGAUUCCGAUGUCACUGACAUACAAGCAUUUAUUGACGGUCCAGCCGGAACACCAUAUGCUGGUGGUCGUUUCAAUGUCAAAUUAGUUUUGGGCAAGGAUUUUCCACAAACACCACCCAAAGCGUAUUUCCUAACUAAAAUAUUCCACCCUAAUGUUGCUAGCAGUGGAGAAAUAUGUGUUAACACCCUUAAAAGAGAUUGGAAACCAGACUUGGGCAUAAAACAUAUUCUUUUGACGAUCAAAUGUCUGUUAAUUGUUCCAAAUGCGGAGUCAGCAUUAAAUGAAGAAGCUGGUAAACUCCUUUUAGAAGAAUAUGAACAUUAUUUCCAAAGAGCACAAAUGAUUACCGAAAUUCAUGCUCAGGUACCAAAAAGUAUGAAAAUUGGCCGUGAAGAAGAUGCGAGUGAUGGACCUAUGGCAAAAAAACAUGCUGGUAGUAAAUCAUUGGACAAAAAAAAGAUUUCCAAAGAUAAAAAGAAAACUUUGAAAAGACUAUAAUGAAUUGGGUAAAAUGUUUUAAGUUUACAUUUUUUGUAUUAUACCGAUGAAAUUUCAUCAAUAAAUUGUCAUUUAUAUUUAUUUUGUAGCCAUUUUUGGUACCCAUAGACUAUAAAAAAUAUGCCCAAAACUAAAUUUUUUUCCUUUCUUUUAUUUUAUUUUUUGUAGUAUCUCGAUUUUCAAUUUUCUAACCGUGUGUUAUGCAAAUUU